CGAAAUUGCACGAUAUGGCAAUGCAGCGUCGGAAAACUCAAUACGCAAUACUGCUGCAAUUCAAUGGUGGAAAAUCAGUCUGAAUUUGACGUUUCAAGACCUAAGACACCGGUGAAUUUUGCUGAAAAAUCAGGAUGGCUCAUUCGCAAUUAAGACAAAACUUUCACAAAGAUUGCGAGGAUGCCAUCAACAAGCAAAUAAACUUGGAACUCUACGCCAGCUAUGCCUAUUUGUCUAUGGCAUACAAUUUCCACAGAGACGAUGUAGCCCUCAUGGGUCUCUUCAAAUACUUCAAAGCCGCUUCUGAAGAAGAACGCGAACACGCCUACAAAUUAUUGGAGUACAUGAACAAAAGAGGGGGGCGAAUUGUUUUGAACAACAUCGAGGCGCCCGAGAAACAGGAAUGGAGCACGGCUCAGGAGGCCAUGACGGCCGCCUUGGACUUGGAAAAACUAGUCAACGAAAGUCUUCUAUCUCUUCACAGCGUGGCUUCCAGCCACAUGGACGUAAAUUUGUGCGACUUCCUGGAAACACAUUAUCUACAAGAGCAAGUUGACGCCAUAAAGGAAAUUUCAGAUCACGUCACCAACUUAAAAAGGGUGGGAGAAGGGCUGGGAGUUUUUGUUUUUGAUCAAAAACUUCAAGAGUCUGAAUAAAAAAUGUUAAUUUUACUUUAAAAAUGUUUACAGUAUUUUACGCACUAUUUAAGCAUGAGUAGGGGAAGGUGGUAAUACGGACCCCUUAUUUUUAUCGGUGAAAAUCACAUCAAAAAAUAUUUUAUUUUUUAUAUUUCUGGAAAUGUUAUUAAAACAUUUUAUAUUUUUUAGAUUUAAAACUAUUCUAUUUAGCUUUUUUAGUUUAAAUCAAUAUCAGAGGCUCAAAAUUUUAAAAAAUCAUUGGCGCCCUCUAUCUUCUACAUACAGAAAGUUGUAAAAAAUAUUUAGGUAUGUAAAAAUCAAGCUCUUCAUUUUUUGUCUUGAAAUUUUUUUUGUGCAACCAAUAGAAAACGAGAUAAAACUAUUUUUUUUUUUUUUUAAAGAGGGGAAAGC